GUUAAACAUUUCCCCCCUAUUGCCUUCGGUCCAAAGGACUAAUAGGGCUUCAUUUGCAAUGGCCGAAUGAAGUUGCUAGGAUGCUACCCCCCUGGGCAAAAAUGAGCUGUUGGGGCCCCAAUAACCCCCUCUUUCCUCCCACUACUUAAUAUACUUAAAAGGGCCUGUACCUAGAAAUCUAGUCAAUAGCCUUUGGCUCACCCACUUCACUCAUGCGUUAUCCAGUCAUGUUUAUUUACCAAACGUGAAUUUAUAGCAUUGGUGAAUCAGAGAAUCGAAAAGAGUGUUUUAUAGAAUAAUAGACCGAGUUGUUAGGAAGGGGCCACGUGAAGUUUAAGUCUGAGAUUAAUUUUAAUUAUUUUAAGAGAUUCCUCUGAAUAAAGUCGUUUUGGGGGGGUUCAAUUUACGGAUUUAAACUUUUCAGAUGCUGUAAAUUGAUGUAGAUGCACACUCGGCCCCUUGGGGCGGUAAACUAUUUUCCGCCUGAAAAUAAACAGACGAAGAAGAAAAUGCUGCGCAGGAAGCUGCGCAGUUGCUUCGACUUCGGUCAUGAAUGAUGGAGACGAAUGUUUUGAUGGAGUCUAGGGACUAAACUGGAUAUAUUUGUUGGUGUAACACCACACUGCAGUCGCCGUUUUAGCGGUUUAAAAACACUCCUGCUGCAUCAACCGAUGUGCAUCAACAGUUGUAGACUGAUUUAAUCUGACUGAGCAAGAAGUGGUCGGUUAACGAAUAUCGUUUACAGCGGCGGCCUAGCUAACAUUUUAGCUAGCGCCGUGAAGUUUUUUGUUAGCCCUCCUUCAACCUGCGGUGUUGUCCACGACACUACACCUCCACCUGGGAUUAUUCCAUCACCACUGUGGCUAGAUUGACGAGAGAUUGUCGUACCUCUUAAUUGACUUCAGUUCCUCGCAAAGCCAAGUGUGAGUACGGCGCCUUGAGAGCAGAUCGAGUGGAAGUGGUUACCCAUGUCCACGAGCUACUGCAGAGUAAUACUCUUUGAUAACCUCAGCAAACAUGUCUUUGGUCGCCUAUGGUAGCAGCGAUGAGAGUGACUCCGAGGGGACCUCUGCCGCACCGCAGAGCAAAGUCGGCGCAGGUGGGCUCUUCUCACUCCUGCCUGCUCCGAAAAAGUCUGCGUCGACAGGCGGAAGCGAUGGACCACGCAAGGAGACAAGAACGAAUCCUUCGGCGCGGGACGCCUCGUCAAACGACGACCUAGAUACGCUGCCAUCUAAAGGAGGCUUGUUAUCCAGUCUGCCGAGGCCGAAGAAGCGAACGGAGCCCGUCAAGAUCACCGUGCCACAGAUCCAGAGACGGGAUUCAGACUCCGAUGAUGAUGAUGAACCAGCGAAGAAGAAACUACAACCUCAGGGUGCCGGCACGGGCCUGUCUGCCCUUCUACCGCAACCCAAAAACCUGACGGUGAAGGAAACGGCCAGAACCCUGAUUCCACACACACUCACCAAACGGCAAGAACCCAAAGGAGCCAAGCCUGGAGCACCCGCUCGGGCUCUGGUUGGCUCCAGCGCGUCUCCCUCUGCUAUCAAAGCCGCAGCAAAGUCGGCGGCCCUGCAGCUGGCUCGACAAAUAGCCGCUGACGACCAAGAUAAUGAGGAGGACAUAACCCCACAGAACUACUUCUCCCUAGGCGACAGCCCCCAGCCCCUUCCCGCAGUCAUCUCUAGCUUGGACCCUGAGCCAGGAGCCACGGCAGAGCCUCCUUCUAUAACACCUGAUGAUGAGCCUGGUCAGUCGGACGCCCCUCUUGACUUUGGGGGCAGCCAAGAGGGAGCCGGUGCAUGGGGAGGUCAAUAUUCUCAGUAUCCCCAGCCCAUGACAGCCCCAGAGGCUUUCCCUCAGGAUUACUAUUCUGAGUCAUACUAUCAAGAUCCUGACCCCCCAUUGUCAGAGGAGAUUGAAGAGCCUGGACAAUCUGCCAUGUUUGAUGAUGAAGCGUUCAUGCGGCUGCAGGGGAAAAGAAACCGAGGCAAAGAGGAGGUGAAGUUUCUGGAGAUCAAGGGAGACGACCAGCUGAGUAGCAACCAGCAGUGGAUGACCAAGAACAUGACAGAAGAGAAGCAGAACCGCAAGUCCUUCAGCAAGAAAAAAGGAGAACAACCUACAGGACAACAGCGACGCAAGCACCAGAUAACAUAUCUCAUUCACCAGGCAAAGGAACGUGAGCUGGAGCUGAAGAACAGCUGGGCGGAUAACAAGUUAACCCGCCGGCAGACCCAGGCCAAAUAUGGUUUCUAAAUGUCACACUGUGUGGACUCAAUGGUGGCUCACCAAAACGCCGGAUCAGAAAGUAGAAUAGAGAUUCACAGAUUUCCCAAACAAAGAAGUGGUUGUGUUUUGGGGGUGUAUAUCCUAAUACAGAUUUUUCCUCUUGCCCAUCAUGCAUUUUUGUUGAACUGUUAAUAUUCAAUAGUUGUUUUGAUCAACUGUUUGAUAAGGUGUAACUCCCACUUCAGAACUGAAGUUAACAGCAGUGAAACUCUCCUUUGACUGUAUUUUACCAUAAAUAAACUGGCACUAUACCUACAUACUGUACAACAGUGUUUUUAAGGUCAGUCAGUGGUAGAGAGGAUGUUAUGUGACUGAAAUGACCAUUACAAAUGUUUUCUUUUGAAUGUGUAUGCUUCCUGACCAUUAACAUUAAUGAAUGACAACUUUUUUUCUGGUGAAGUCCCUAUAGAAAAAGCUUGGUUCUCUGGCGAUCAUAGUCAUUAGAAGGCUGUGAAAAAAUAUACGUUCAUAAAUAUAUAUUUAUACACUGAAUCAACAACUUUGAAGGGAAAAAUAAUGUUGGAAGACAAACAAGUUGAUUUGCUUGUAAAAGUUGUUCAUAUCUAUUCUGUGGCCAUUACUACUUAUAUUCCUGGUUAUGUUUCUUUAUCUUCAUAAAUUGCCAGAGAACCAAACGUGCAUUUCUACUCCAGGUUCUGGCGAUUCUGGUGUCAGAAUGAAUUUUUGGAAUAUGUGUAGGCUCAUCCUCUGCCAGUGUGCCAGAAUGUUUUAAACGAGCGGAUUACUUUUGUUUAGGGAAAGACCUUUUGUUUACCUUUGUUAUGAGUGUUGUGCAGUUAAGAUUGGUCAAUAAAUAUUUUGCUUUCCUGGCUCUGUA